CUUGAUAUAAAGAUUCGCAAAUGUAGUGUUACAGCGAAUAUAUCACCUAAAUGCACACAAGGGCUAGCAGGUCAGCGCAGGUACAGUGUACGCAAAGACCGAUGGAUUCUGGGACUGAGCCAGAGCCCCAAUAAACGCGCAACUACGGGAGCUACACGGAUCCAACCCAUUCAGCAGUACAGCGCAGGUGUAGCAGCGUUAGUCACAUGUAGGCCCGUGCAGCUCUCCGUACCGGAGCGGCUGCUACUUGCUAGAUAAACACGGCGACAUGCGCAGCACCGUGACCGCAGUGGCACCAGUGUUUAUUGCUUACGUAUCAAUAGCAUAGACGCAGAGGGGUAGCAUAGGUUGCAGCCUACGUGCUCUGCCGGAUUUUGCCUGAAGAGCUGCAGCGGCUGCUGUUGCAGCCUGUUUGUCGGUAAAAUGGAGGGAUCGGGACUCGUUCAGCAUUCUGACUUUACGAAAGCCGGCAAGGGUUGGGAAGGCUCAUGUUCACGCCGUUUGCAAAGGCCCACCUCUCCGGAUAGCCGUACUCAUAACAUUGCACAACCAGUUAAGAUGCGAUGCAGCUAGGACAUAGCGCGCCGUUUUGACGUGCAAUCAUUAGAAAUAGCUAGCUGUAUCUAGCAGUGAGUGAUGUUACCUUAGUUGCCAGUUUCAACCGUCCAUGUCGCGGCCACUUAAAGCGCUGGUCCGACGGACGCUGCUAAGCGCCUUUGGAUGGGUAGUAAGGAAGCUGUACAACUUCUUCUUCCUCCUUCGCCUCUAUGUACUUGUCCUGGAGCGCGAAGCAGCCCGCUCUAAUUGCCAUGGAGAUGAUGACGAGCAGCGCCGCAUAGACGACGGCUCAGCCUGGCUUGAUUUUUGCGAUGGCCUCAAAGGCCUUGUUGACUUCAUCGUAGAGCAGCCGACCUCCUCGGCCCCACCUCCGCAAGAGCCCCAACAACCACAACUUCAAGAGCUCCAGCAGCAGGGAACUACUGCGCUGCCCUCUUCGGAGGGGGCUGCUGCUGCUGCUGCACUGCUGCCCGGAGGUCGGGAGAUCGCGGCAGGCGGCGGUGACACAGCAGGUGGCACGGUGGUGGAUGCGCUAGACCGGCGUGAGGGGCUGCGCUACCUGACCCGGGUGCUGCGAGGGGCUCUGGAGGCCUUCGUGGACUGCUGGGACCCCGCCUGGCCCGUACUGCGACCCCUGCCGUACAACGUCAAACUGGGCGCCGAUAACCCGGACAACCUCUACAUGUACGGCACAGUGUCGGGGCAGUACGAGUACCGCCUGUACGGCCACCGCGGCAGUGUGACCUACCUCAGCGUGGGGUGCUACACGGGCAGCCGGCCGGGGCAGGGCUCGGGGCGGGCCGCGCACCUGGACAGUUCGCAGCUGGUAACGCAGCCGGACGGGAGUUUUGAGAUCUUCCUGACCCCCCAGCCCCGCGGCGCCAACUGGCUGCCCCUGCCCACCGACGCCAGCCGCCUAGUGGUACGACAGACUUUCCUGGACCGAUCCCGCGAGCAGCCGGCGCGAGUGGCCAUAGAGAGACUGCCGCUGAGGGGAAGCGCGCCGUCACCGCCGCGACCGCUGGCACCGACCCAUGGGUCAUUUUCGACGGAUGGCAAGGAGACGACGGGAGCGGCAAGACCUGCAAGCGCAGCAACAGGAGGAGCCCAAGUGGGUCAGCCCCAGGGCGCCUCAGGUGCAGCGAGUGAGAUCUGGUACGACACGGGAGGGAGGGAGGUACGGCCGCCGCUGGCUGCGGGUCAAGUGGUGGCGGGGCUGGCGGGUGCGGCUGUGUUUGUGGCGGGAAGUGUACGGCAGUUCCAGAUCUGGAGCCGUGGUUUCGCGGCGCGCCCCAACACCCUGGCGCCGCUGACGGGGGAUGUGAAUGCGAGCGCGUGGGCGGACCCCGCCAUUCACUUCCUGCAUGGAUACUGGCGAGUGGGCCCCGGGGAGGCGUUGCUGCUGCAGGUCACGCCCCCCGCCUGCGUCUACUGGAACUUCCAGCUGGACAACUUGUGGCUGGAGUCCAUGGACUCGGAGGCGCACCCGCUCAGCAACACCAACAAGGCGCGAGCAGCCUACAUGCCGGACGGCUCCAUCUGCCUGGUGGUGGCGCACAACGACCCACGGGUCAGCAGCAGCAGCAAGAGCAGCAGCGGGAAGGUGGUCGCGGGCAGAGACGCUGCGAAGGACGGCGUCAAGGGCGGCGUGACGGGGGAACGGGAAUUAGGUAGCGGAGGAGAGGUAUGCCGGGCAGAGGGAAGGGGAAGAGGAGCGGAGGUGGAUGGAAAGGAGGAGGAUGGUGGCGGAGCUAAGAGCCUGGCGGAGUUGUUGCCCCCGCAGCUGCUGGCGGGGGUGACCUGGGUGUCCACUGCACACCACGCGCACGGAACCAUGGGUCUGCGGUGGGUGUUGGCGGAGGGCGGGCGGCACCCGGUGCCUCGCGUGCGGCUGCUGCGGCUGGGACGGCAGCUGGCGGAGGCGAUUGAGGAGGGGUUGGCGUCGUAGAGGCUUGCGAGAUGGGGGGGCUUAUUGGGCGGCAGCUAAGGCCGUGCAAGCUAGGGGAAGGUUGCUUGUGGACGGCGACGUGCAGUGGCAGGGGUACCUGCGGUAGCAUCGGUGGCGCUGCCGCCACAGCACACCACAGCAGAUGCGCUUGCCUUGAAACGCCUUUUCUGGAUCUUUUGACGGGUUAGGCGGAUGGACAAAAAGAAGGCUAGCCUCGAUAGUGAUGCCCACAAACGAUGUGUUAAUUCAACUGAGGCACGUCGAUGAGCUAAUCAUAGCAGGCAGUGGAGGCGCAUUGACGGCUGCUUGCUGGGAAACUACUGGUGAUGAGUAAAGUUGGAAGUAGCACACUACCCGUAAGCAUGGUAAUCGUUGGAGGAUCGGUCUACGUGUGCAACCUAUCUUAGCUUGCGCUGGUCCUUGACCUGUGGCAGCUGAAAUGCGAGAAAAUGGCAACUGUUAGGAAAAAGAUGGAGGCUCGAUUUGUCCAGAGCAUUUUAUUCUUUUACAGGAAGCACAACGAUAAGCCAUUUUAAACUAUCCGG